AUGAAAACAUCAGAAGUAUAUGUAUCAGCUGAAAAUUUAUAUUUGAUAUACAAAAGUGAUUUAGAUGAAACUUUUGUAAAUGAGUGUAUCCAUUUCCAAAGUCAUCUACAAAAUAUAAAAUAUCAUCCUAAAAGUAUAAUUGAUAUGAGUACCAUGAUGAAAAAACAUGAGUUGGAGGAUAUUUUUCCAUAUGUAAGUAUAGCAUUACGUAUGUUUCUUUGUACUCCAGCGACCAAUUGUACCGCAGAGCGGUUAUUUUCAACACUUAGACGUAUAAAAACAUAUCUAAGGUCAAAUAUAUCCUCAGACAGACUAAAUGCAUUGGCAAUUUUAAAUAUUGAAUCUCAAUUAGCUCAUCAGAUUAAUUAUAGCGACAUAAUUGAAGAAUUUUCCAAUAUUCAGGCAAGGUAA